AUAUAUAUAUCUAAGUAUAUUUAUAACAUUGCAACUAUUCUUCUGCGUCAUCCAAUCGUUCCUCAACCAGGUUUUAAUGAAGUCAUUAUUUAUUGUUUUGCUGUUUCUAGUCAUUUUUUUCACACUGUAUAUUUAUUCUGGCGAGUAGGGGCGAGGUUAGAUGAAGGGAGAGAGCGACUGAGGAACCCGGUUAGUCCGAGAGAGAGCAGGUUCCGCGCUAACCUGCCAGGUUUAACGCGGAAGUUCGCGAAGAUCGCCGGUGAUUCUUGGCGUUAUCCGGGGCUGGGAGGCGGUGGUGAAGAUGGAGGAGGAGGAAGCGGGGGCCGGGGCCGGAGCCGGAGCCGCGGCCAGGAACGGGGCCUGGGCCGCUCUGGAGCCGGGAGAAGGCGCGGGCCAGGCGCCGGCGCCGGGGCCUGGGCUCGGACAGCCUCCUCCGCCGCCGCUCUGUAACUGGCAGGCGACCCAGAGCUCGGUGCGGGAACGCUUCGCCUUCCUGUUCAACAACGAACUGCUGAGCGACGUCCACUUCGCGGUGGGGAAGGGUCGCGGGGCCCAGCGCUUCCCCGCCCACCGUUUCGUGCUCGCCGUCGGCAGCGCCGUCUUCGACGCCAUGUUCAACGGUGGCAUGGCCACCCGCUCGGCCGAGGUGGAACUGCCCGACGUGGAGCCCGCCGCCUUCCUGGCGCUACUCAGAUUUCUGUACUCGGAUGAGGUGCAGAUUGGCCCUGAGACUGUGAUGACCACUUUGUACACGGCCAAGAAGUAUGCAGUGCCAGCCCUAGAAGCUCACUGCGUGGAAUUUCUCACCAAGCACCUGAGGGCUGACAAUGCCUUCAUGCUACUCACCCAGGCACGAUUGUUUGAUGAGCCGCAGCUUGCCAACCUCUGCUUGGACAUCAUCGACAGAAACGUCGCAGAUGCUAUCAAUGCAGAGGGCUUCACCGAUAUAGAUCUAGACACGCUGUGUGCAGUGCUGGAGCGCGACACGUUGAGCAUCCGUGAGAUCCGGCUGUUUGCUGGAGUGGUCCGCUGGACAGAAGCAGAAUGCCAGAGGCAACAGCUGCCAGUCACUCCGAGGAACAAGCAGAAGGUGCUGGGGAGAGCCGUCGGCCUUGUUCGAUUUCCACUCAUGACCAUCGAGGAGUUCUCUGCAGGACCAGCUCAGGCUGGGAUACUGUCUGACCGAGAGGUUGUUAAUCUAUUUCUACACUUCACCUUGAACCCCAAACCACGGGUGCAGUACAUUGACCGACCGCGCUGUUGCCUGCGUGGCAAGGAGUGCAGCAUCAACCGCUUUCAGCAGGUGGAAUGUCGCUGGGGCUACAGUGGAACAAGUGAUAGGAUCAGAUUUUCAGUGACGAGAAGAGUGUGUGUCUUGGGCUUCGGACUCUAUGGAUCUAUACAUGGGCCAACUGACUACCUGGUCAACAUACAGAUCAUUGAAAAUGAUAAUGCAACAAUAGCCCAAAAUGACACUGGAUUUUGCUGUGAUGGAUCUGCAAGCACGUUUAGGGUCAUGUUCAAGGAGCCUGUUGAGAUAUUGCCAAAUAUCGUUUACACUGCCUGUGCCACUCUCAAGGGGCCUGAUUCUCAUUAUGGCACCAAGGGAUUGCGGAAGGUCCAACAUGAGUCAUCCGUGACUGGGAUCAACACCUCCUUUGUCUUUUUCAAUGUGCUGGGGAACAAUAAUGGAACGUCAGUGGAAGAUGGGCAGAUCCCCGAAAUCAUCUUCUUCACGUAGCAUGGCUUGGAGCACAGGAAUUCAAUCUCACAGAGUCCAUCUGUUAUACGCUGGGAUUACUGUUUUCUGUUUCAUUGCUAUUUGUUGAUUUCCUCCCUUAGAGAUGCUGCUCAUCACAGGGAAACAGCAGUGAAAUUAUAGCCAGAGGUAACUUAAUGUGAGCUCCUCCUAAGAUUUUCAAUUUACUGUGGGGCUAGCAAGUUCCCAUGAAGUUUGGCAGAGAAUGCUGAGUGGGAUAUCCCACGAUUAAACCAGAAAGCUAUACCAGUUGACUGGACUGCCUAUGUUCCCAUUACAAGUAAGCAGGAAAUUCAGCACCACAACAUUGUGUAUGAAGAACUUCAAAAUGGAUGCACUUUCUGCCACAGUUGCACUUUGUUGUCUUAUAGGGUAUCUGUUCCUCACAGAAUUAUGCUCAGAUUGCAUUUUCUACUGACCUAAUUCUUUUGAUCCCAGUUACUUCUUGCUACUUCCCGUUGAGAGCUAAUCACUUACCAGGUGCUGAAGUGCCUGAGGUGCCUACUGACCAUGGUCCACCUAUCGCAAGCUUCAGCAGAGCGGGGAAAGAGCAUCCCUCAUCAAUCCUAAGUGUUAAUCUCCCUUCCACCACUACUUUACUUAUCGCAACCUACCACUAAAGUGCCUUAACUUAUUGAUCAGGGAUUUGACGGGCGGCUAAUUUACAGUGUUCCUGCGACUGGUAAGGGGAUUAAGAAGCCACCAGUGAAAAUCAAUCUAGGCUGCUUAAAAUAUUAUUUGUAUAAAUUAAAUUAGAGCUGAGAAAUUAAAGGGUCAUCAUAGAG